GCUUGGCCGUGAGGAAAAUAGUCAGGACAAUGGUAUACUAGGUAUGCUGGCGUGAUAUUAAACAUUUGCUGCAUUUAUUUUCUGAAUAAAAUACCCACCUUCGGCAGUGAUCAUGGGCCAAUGUGGAGUUAUUUCUUCAAAAACGGUUUUGGUGUUUCUCAACUUAAUAUUUUGGGCAGCUGCAGGUAUUCUGUGCUACAUUGGAGCAUAUGUCUUCAUUACAUAUGACGACUAUGAUAAUUUCUUUGAGGACAUCUACACGCUCGUUCCUGCAGUGGUGAUCAUCGGUGCUGGAACACUCCUCUUCCUCAUUGGAUUUGUCGGUUGCUGUGCUACUGUAAGGGAGAGUCGCUGUGGCCUGGCGACUUUCUCGGCUGUGCUCCUGCUGGUGUUUGCCACAGAGGUGGUGAUGGUGGUGCUGGGUUACCUGUACAGGGCCAAGGUGGAAGCUGAGGUGAAUCACUCCAUUCAGAAGGUGUAUUAUGAGUAUAAUGGAACAAACACAGACGCUCCCAGCAGAGCGAUAGACUACGUGCAGAGACAGCUGCACUGCUGUGGGAUCCAUAACUACUCAGACUGGAUGAAUACGCCCUGGUUUACUGAGUCCAGAAAGAACAGCGUCCCAGUCAGCUGCUGCAAGCCUACCAUCACUAACUGCACAGGAACACUGACACGACCUGGGGACCUUUAUCCAGAGGGCUGUGAAGUUCUGGUGGUGAAAAAGCUGAAGGAUAUAAUGCUGUAUGUCAUUCUGGCUGCUUUAACCUUCGCUGCCAUACAGAUGCUGGGCUUGCUGUGUUCCUGUGUGGUCCUGUGCCAUAGGGGUCAUGACCCCACCUAUGAGCUGCUGGUCAACACGGGAAUGGAUGCCUGAACAACUCCAUGGAGACGACCCAGACCUCGCAAUCCUCGCAAGUCUGUUCCAUCUCUAGCAUCGGUACCAUUACAUGCCACAUCAUAUUAUGGUUGGAAUACUGGAAGGUCUCAUGGUGGGCAUAAUAGUACAGAAGGUGAACACACAUUUAUGUAAUUUUCUCUUUAGUCCAUACCUGCACUUCUUCACCUGGGCUUGGUGGUUUGCAUUGUUACUGUUUAUUUAAAAUGCAGUUAAUUUCAUUUUAACAUGAACUUUGACAGACCUACCUGUCUGAAUUUUACACUGGAUCCAUAUGUAAAGUGUUAUAUGCCAUAGGUCUUCUUCAGCGUGGUAUUAUUAUUUUGUUGUGUAAAUAGUGAAUCAAGUCUAUACAUGACAGCACAGGUUUUAUAUAUUUUUUAACAUUACCCUCAUAAUAAUGAUUCUUUAUUUGCAAGUGAAUAGACUGAGAUACAGAUAUUAGGAUUGUUGCACUAGUUUGUUGUUUAUUUGAUAUGUUUUCUCCAAGGCCAACUCUUACAGUCCUGUGUGCUGGUCCUGCUGUAAAUAAUCCGUCACUGAUGUGCCAAAUUCAGGGUGGCUAAAAGAGAGAACAGGAGACCUUACUUGAACUAUAUUAGUAGCUCAUUUUAUUAACUUGAGCAUAAUCAAUACUUGACCAUCAGUAGGGGGGGUGAAGUUUGAGUGAAAAUAUGAUACAACACAAGUUUGCAUUAUACAUAUAGUGAAUAUAUGAUAUACUAAAUAUAUGAUGCAACAAAAUUUGUUUCUGUAUUAUACAUAUACUGAAUAUAUGAUGCAACACAACUUUGUUUCAGUAUUAUCCAACAAUUUUAGAACUACUUUGUUGAUGAACUGCUCUGACGGACAGUAAGAAUUUAUAUGCCACAAAAGGCAUGCUGAAAAAAUAAGUUGCUGCUGUGAAUAAAUCAAUGUAAUUUAUCCUAAAGUUUUAUUAAUGUUAAUGCUGUUUUUUGAAGUUCAACAUGUACGAUAUUAUUUGCGCUAAAACCGAAAAAAUAAAGUGUGGCAUUUGUUUCAGCAAUAUAAAGUUACACAAGUUACACUAAAUAACAUUGGCUAUGAAUGAAAGUUUUCAAGUUUAGCUUAUUCAAGCUAAAAAAUUUAUGACAUGUUUAAUGUUCUUCCUAUACUAGUAAGAACAUUAGGUGGUCAAUUCAAUUUUAUUCAAAGUGCUUUUUUUUUUUUUUUUUUUUUUAAGAUCCUAUGUAUUCUUAAACUGUCAACAUUUUUGUCCAUUUGCAUCUAAGAUACUUUUUUAUGGUUUUAAACGAGUUUGAAUUGGCAACUAUGUUUAUUUUAAUCUGCUUUUGUAGGUGUCUGAUUUAUUGUUUAUUCCAGCCCAUAUUAAUGAAAGUAAAAGAUGGGAACUAUAAGCUUUUUAUUCACACACACACACACACACACACACACACAC